AUGCUAUACUCCCCAGCCCGCGACACCCCCAACACUCUUGAUAGUCCAAAGAUGAAGUUCCGACCUUUUCUGCCCAAACUCAACAUCAAGCGAGCGGCAACUGCGGAAAAUGACGUCGAUUCUAAAUCUACAGGGAGCAUCACUCCCACUUUGGCCUAUUACUGUCCUCCACCUGAGGUCGAUAUUCCGGCUCGGACGCGGAAAGAGCAACCGCCCCGUCCUCCGACUCCUACAUCUCGACUAACCUUUCUUGCAAUUUGGGAUCCAGAUUCCCAGCGGUAUACCCUGCCUCAUGUGCCACCUGAAGACCAAGUACCUGAUAAUGAUGGCCGUUUUCAAUUUGAUUCACGCCUUGGUCAAGGGCAUCCGGAUUGUGAACCUCACCUGUCCUCUCGUUUCUCAACUUCUACAACGUCGACUUCCAACUUCAUCACUGUCUCUCACUCACAGACGACGCUACCAUUCCCUAAUCCUCGCAGCUCCAGCCUCAGACAAUAUACUGCCACACCGCCACCGCCACCCUCUUUUCCCCUUCCACGAAAUAAACCGCGUGAACGUAUAGGAUCCAGCGCGGCUAGUACUGCUCAUUCUACCAUCUCUAUCGCGUCCCUUUUAUCGCGUCGUCCGACCCUUCACUCACGGCCUGGCACUCCAAGCUCAGUGAAGACCAGACCUUCAACACCGAAGAGCCGACCGUCGACCCCGGCUCGUCCUCGUACGUCUUCCGGUGCACACUCCCCUUUGAGUUUCAUCAAACGGCGAGUAUCUUCUGCCAAGGAAGCGGAGGACGCAUGGGUAAGCUUAGAUGUGGAAUGUGUUAUUCGAGAAAGGAUUAUACGCAUCUGA